AUGGCCGCUAUCCCUGCCGCCGACACAGCGCUUCAGCUCGGUAAUAUACUCCACAACCGAUACCGCCUUCUUGAUCGCCUGGGCGCUGGCGCCUCAGGUACCGUUUUUUGCGUCCUGGAUCUGGAGACGGAUCGCCACCUUGCCCUCAAGGUCGCCGUUGGCUACCCCUUUGGUGGUGCCCACGAGGCUGAAGCCCUUCAACGCUGCCAGGGCAGCCCACACAUUGCCCACCUCCUCGACCACUUUCCCCUCGACAAACUCGGCCACGCCCUCGUUCUCCCCAUCAUGGCCGGCGGUACCCUUUUUGACCACAUUCGCCCCACCGCCGCCCGUCCCCUCACCAUCGAAGCGUCCCGUCGCUGGAUGCGUCAGCUCCUCCUGGCCGCGGACGCCCUCGCCUGCCAGGGCCUGGUGCACGGCGACAUCAAGCCUGAAAACUGCCUCAUCGACGCCGAGGGUAACCUCUUCCUACACGACUUUGGCACCACCGUCCCCUCAGGCUACCGAUACCCCUCCCGCAUCGCCGGCACCCAACUUUACAUGUCCCCAGACCUGCUCCAGGGUGGUGCUUGCAGCUCCGCCCAGGACGCUUGGGCCGUAGGCCUCACCUGGUAUGCCACUCUCUUUGCCGAUCUUCCCUGGGAUCGCGCCAGCCAACGCGAUCCCGCCUACGUCCGCUACCUCGCCACCGGCAAACUCCCCGUUGGCGACCGCCUGCAGCUCCUCUCUCCAGACCUUCGUGUGCUCCUCCUCCGCCUGCUUCACCCCAACCCCAACCUCCGCGCCACCCUCAGCGACGCCCUGGCCUUUGUCCUCUCCAACCGACCUUGGUUCCAGAGUGAAUGCAACACCGAUUCCUUCUCUACCUAUGGUGCUCAGGUGCUGCAAGCGGCUGCGGCCGCCGUUGCCGCCUUGCAAACCCCCACGCUCGUCACUCCUCAGCCCCACUAUGGCCCCCCUCAACGUCGCCUCUCCAAUCCCAACCAGAAUGGCGACUGCGUCAGUGCCGAGUCCACCACCCCACCUCCGGCCAGUCAAGGCACAGACCAGGACGCAGCAAUCCCGCCACACCCGCUGAACCACCACGUGCACCAAAAUGAGGCAUCCUGCUUUUCUCACACCAGUCCCGCCACCCACUACCAGCCCUGCCACCGUCGCUACAGUGACUUGGAAGACAUGGAUGACAAUCUCGACGACGGCGCAGGCGCCAGCGAUCCCAUGGAGUCAGACGACGGCCUCCACUCGAAUUCCUGCUACCGCAUCAAUCGUCGAUCCACGCACUUCGUACAACAGCUGUCCGGCCUGAUCGACCAAGACGCACCUUACUAUUAA